UUGCAUGCAGCUCAGUUUUCAAGUCAAUACAGCUAGAUUUGGGUUUAGGCCGUAUCACAUAUUCACGGGCGCUACACGAGAAACGUACAAGUAUUCUAACCGCUAAACACUUGGAGUACUUCUUCUCCCUAUCAUGGAAAACUCCGAUAGUGAAACUGAUGUUUCGGGCUUAGUAAGUGAGCGACAAUCUGAUUCACCUGUAAAGAUUAAGGAAGAACCGCCGGACGACAUCAAGGACUAUGCGGAGAAUACUAUGAACGAGUUAUUGGGUUGGUAUGGUUACGACAAAGUAAAUAGCGCCGACACGGAACAUUUAAAUCUUGAGCGUUAUACCAGUAUAGACGACGUUCGCUCGCCGACGGACGGCGGUAGUCGAGACGACGAUAGUAUUCUCAGCGACGACGACGACGACGACGACGACGACGACGAUAGUCUGUCAGGGCGGAGUGAUUUCUCCAGACUGAGUAGGAGUAACAGCGAGUCAAGUUUAGCUGCUCAGCACCGAAAUCUGGUUUCUGCCCUGACGAAGAAGCAUGGUCUUACAGGUGCUCCGGACGGGACUUUGCCGAGUGGCUAUAUAACGUGUGCCUGGUGUCAGAAACCCGGAAUCAAGCUUUUCACUUUGAAGACCUCGACAACAACGAAAGCCUUUUGUAGCGAGGUGUGUUUUACUCAGUGUCGGCGUGCAUCUUUCAAAAAGAACAGAGUUUGUGAUUGGUGCAAACAUGUCCGUCACACAGUGAACUAUGUGGACUUUCAAGAUGGCGAACAACAACUUCAGUUUUGUAGUGCAAAGUGUUUAAAUCAAUAUAAAAUGAAAAUAUUUUGUAAGGAAACACAGGAACAUUUACAACAAAUUCAAACUCAAAAUGAGAAUGUGUCUUCUUCUAAAAGUCCAGACAGACAGAUUCUAAUAACACCGGAUUUAUGGUUGAAAGAUUCGACGUCGGCAGACGAAAAAAGUGAAAGUAAGCCUUCAGAGGCGACAUCUCAUAGAGAUAGCCAAAAAGAAACAAACAGCAAUAGAGGGAAUCACAGAGAAAAUCACCGUGAAGGUCAAGGUCACAAAGAAAAAACGGGACAUAUUCAUAGAGACAGUCACCGUGAGGACAGAGAAAAGAUAAGGAAGCAUUCGAGUAAAACGGAAUGGAGGAGUGACUCUCACAAAUCUCAUUCUCACGGUGAGAUAGACAGAUCUCGCAGUGUGAUGGAUCGGCUUGUACGCGAACGACACCGCCGGUCGUCCUCAAAGGACUCAACUUGUCUCGCAAGUCCACAACUUGCAUCAACAGAUCCUUCCCCAGCGGCUACAUCGUCGGCACAGCCUAAUCCCAUGUUUGCAAAUCCGGCUGGCUACCCUUCGAUGCCUCUGAUUCCACCGCAUUUGUGGGGUGCUUUCGGACCUGGGAUGCCUCCGAUGGGUCAUAUUCCUCCCUGGUUUUACGGUGGGUAUAUGCCUCAAGUCCCUGGACUUAUACCUGGAGGACAAAUUCCCAACACGGAAGGGGAAUUCCGGCCCCCUAAUAGUCGGAUGUCUACACCAACGCCAACCAGGCCAACACUAUCUCCAGAUUCUUCGUCACCGUCGACAACUCCAAACACGAAUCUACCUUCAGCGAAGCAAGGUGGUACUUCAACAUCAACCGGUAGUGCGAAGUGCCCACAAAAAGUCUCUGGUAUUACGCCUUUAUUGCCAGGAAUACCAAACAACGGAAACCCCCAAUCAGUGCUAGGGUAUGAUCCGAAUUUAGUUGGACCGGGGUAUAGACCUGGAUCGCAAUACCUCGGCGGUAUGCCUCCAGUGACGAUGAUCAUGCCCAUACCGUUCCCUCUGCCAGUUCCUUUCCCGGUGCCUUUACCGCUACCACUCAAGAUGGAACAAAUCAUGGAGGUAUAUAACAAGAAGCAGGAAGAAAAGAAAAAAGAAAAGGAAGAAUCUGUCCCUCAGCGCAUACAAUCUGAUAAGCAUCUUAUCGAUCCUCAACGGAACCACAGAAUAAAGACAGAGUUUAGCGAUUCUAGCGAUUCCGAAAUUUUAAAGAAACCUGAAAAAACGUCACUUCAUUGUGUUUCAUAUUCAGAGAGGGCAAGCAGUGUCACGUCUUGUCCAGAUUUAUCAGACAUUCAUUCAUCAGCGCAUGACUUAUCCACACGGAAGCGACCUUUGACCCCUCGGCUCGAUGGAUCAUUAGAUCUAAGUAAGAGGCCUAGGUCCGAGGUGAAUACCUCGCCGGACUCCUAUGAUGGUGUCAUAGAUUUAUCUAUGGACAGCUCCCUGACAAGGUAUAAAAUGUCUCCGGGCAAGGAGAAUAGAGAAACUAACGAAUCUGACAUUUCUCAGGAUGGCGAGGAACGAGACAUUUCUAACGGUGAACUAGGUUUGAAAAUUCCUAGGAUUCAUAUCAUUACACCGCGAAGCGAACCGCCAUUGAACGCACAGCUUCCACUUCCACCAGCGGAACACAAAUAUUCAAACCGACGGGGACUUAUCCUUGAUGCUCCGUGUACUCCGAAUCGGCCUAGAAGUCCUUCUCCUGAAAGGAGGAGCUACGUUAGGUCGGUACCACGUGACGUGAUGGAAGCCGCCAGACGGCGUUGUCUUCGUGCAAGAAUACGCACAAAGUAGUGACGUUUAGAAGGCAUGGUCAUGUGCAAUGUAAUAGUUUCCUUUUUUUUUUUUUUGGAAAGUUAAUUUU